AUGGCAACGUUUUUUUUUUCCCGGGAACCGAUGAAAACAGUGUUGUGUUUGUUUGCUUUUUUUUAGUUCUCGGAUAUGGAUUGACUUUCUUCUUUCAUAUUAACAUUCUUUUGAUUUAAUUAUAACAUGGAACCCGAUGACUUGUAUGAUGACUUUGAAGCUCAGUUUGCAGAUGAACUUGAUGCACUGCGAGAUUUUGAAUCAGAUAUCCAAUAUGAAAGAAAGGAACCCGAUUUAAGGCAAAAUCAUGAAAAUAUCAGGCAAAGCUUGCCAGCUGGAGCAAAAAUUAAAACAAGUUCCUUAUCAAAUUUUGAUAGUAAUUCUAAAAAACGUGAGAGAGAAUUAGAUGAAUUAUUUGCUAGCUUAUCAGAUAGUGAAGAAGAACUUGUUAUUGAUGAGCAGAUGCAUUUAUGUAACAAUCUUCAAAAGAAGGCUGCAGAUGGGGAGCCAAGCCGGAGACAACCCACACUCUGGGUAGACAAGUAUUCACCCAGGCACUACACAGACUUGCUAAGUGACGAUGGUGUGAACAGGAAUAUUUUGUACUGGCUGAAGCUCUGGGACACCUGUGUAUUCAAGAGAGAAAGAGUAAAACGUGAAAAAAAUCAACAAGAAAAACGGAAUCAAAAUUUCAAAGGAAACUUUAAACAGAAUAACUUUAAAGCCACACCAGAAGAGAUAUUAAGUGAGCAAAAAUUUGAUGAACACAAAAGACCAGAACUGAAGGUGGCGCUGUUGUGUGGUCCUCCUGGUCUUGGUAAGACAACGUUGGCACAUGUAAUUGCUGAACAUGCCGGCUAUAAUGUGAUUGAGAUGAACGCUAGUGAUGAUCGAAGCCAAGACGUGUUCAAGCGAAAACUAGAGUCGGCCACACAGAUGCAGUCGGUAUUAAGUCGAGAUAAUCGGCCUAAUUGCAUGGUGAUCGAUGAGAUUGAUGGUUCACCAGCUGCCACAAUAAACGUUCUUAUUGAUUAUGUGAAAGGUCCUGAAGCAGGAAAGAAGAAGAAAAAGAAGGGGCAGUCUGUCCUCCUUCGUCCUAUUAUCUGCAUAUGUAAUGACUUGUAUGUUCCAGCACUUAGACCGUUACGGCAAAUAGCUUUUGUGUCGCAUUUUCCUCCAACUGUCGCUUCACGCUUAGCAUCACGUCUCAUGCAGAUUGCAACAAAUAAUGCAUUGAAGACAGAUAUGACUACUCUAAUGACACUUUGCCAAAAAACUGAAAAUGACAUCCGUUCCUGUCUAAACACUCUGCAGUUCAUACAAACAAAAGGAAAUGGGUUAAGCUUGAGUAUGGUCAGCUCAAUGAACAUAGGACAGAAAGACAAGCACAAAGGGUUAUUCACACUUUGGAAGGACACAUUUGCAAUGCCAAGGCCACAGAGAAAGCGUUAUGUAAACCCUCACGACGUUGAUAAAAAUGGUGUCGAACGAAAAGUAUCAGCAGAAGACAAUGUAGACUUCAAUCCAGCCUCCCCUUCAUCUAGAUUUAACAACAUGUUACAAGCAGUGCUGAGUAACGGAGACUAUGACAAGUUAUUAUCAGGUAUUUUUGAAAACUACUUGGAGGUGAAGUUUAAGGACUCGCACUUAGAUGCGGUUAACCAUGCUUGUGAUUGGCUAAUUUUCCAUGAUGUCUUAAACAAAGAAAUUUUGCACACGCAAAGCUACAUCUUAAUGCGAUAUCUACCCUACGUGCCUGUUGUGUUCCAUAUGAUGUUUGCGUCAAAUGCUGCGAAUAAGAUCCAUUACCCAUCAGCACAUUUUGAGAAUAUGCAGAAAAUGGCCAAAACUACCAACCUGCUCACCAGUCUAUGCAAUGAAGUGUCGCCAUACAUCAAACGUAACUUGAACAAAGAGGUCGCUAUCAUGCAAGUUUUACCACCACUGCUUACUAUCAUCCAGCCCUCAUUCCGACCGGUCAACCCACAGCUGUUUAACACCUUAGAAAAGCAGCAAAUGACAUCAUUAGUCAGUACAAUGAUAGCUUAUAAUUUGACCUAUCAACAAGAAAGAAGUCCUGAAGGUCAAUAUAACUAUGUUCUUGAUCCAAAUCUUGAAGAAUUGGUACGUUUUACUGGAAUGCCACCAUCUAAGCAGAUGACUUAUGCUGCUAAGCAACUAAUAGCUAGAGAGAUUGAAGUUGAGAAACUUCGAAGAUCUGAAGAGGUUAAACCAGAUGCCAAAAUAAAAAAUGCAGAACCCUCGAAAGAAACUAAAAUUGGUAAUAAGAAGAAACCAGUUGUUCCAAGGCAUCUGGAGAAGCUGCAACCAAAGAAGGUGGUUGAAGAAGAAGACAAGCCUGCCACAGACUUUUUUGGACGAGUGAUCACAAAGAAAGUUCAGAAGACUGAGGAUGUACCCGACAAUGAGGAAGUUAUGAAGAACAGCUUGUGGUAUAAAUUCAAUGAAGGAUUCACCAAUGCAAUUCGGAAAAAUAUAUACAUUCAAGAUUUACUAUGAUUAGACAGUUAUAACAUAGGUUGAAAACAAUAGACGAAACUUAAUACACUUAAUUGCCAAAAUUUUUCAUACUCUGCUUUCCGUGAGUGCUUGAUGACGUGACGUUUUCGGUGGCAGUCUGAGCAGAUUGUCAUUAAAAACGAUCAGUUGUGUGCACAUCGUCUCGUUGCGUUCUCUUUGGAAUUGUGUUGCCAAAAGUGUACUAAUUUUCCCACUAGUGUAUGGAAGAUAGUCCUUUAGUCAACUGCCUUCCUUAUUUUGAAACUAGAAAAAAAGGGUUAUAUUGAAUAGAUAUUAAUGAAUAAUGUCAGUCUUUGUUUUAACAUCAGAUAUAUUUCUACCAAAAAAUAUAAAAUAUUCAGGUCAGUUAAGGACAUAGAAAUUGCUUCCUUCAGCAACAACAGACGUAAUGUUAUCACAUAGUCACCUGGACAUGCAAAGACGUAGGUUGUUGUUUAGCCACAUUAUUGUUUUACAGAGAGCACAAAACAUUGAAUAACAAGUAAAUGCAAUCACUGUGAUGUUGUCAAUACUCCCUGUUAACUGUAACUGGAGGCCUACUUGAUGUAUUAAUGAUAAAUUACAUUCCGACAGAGGGGAACAAUGCAUACAUUUCUGGUAAUUAUCUACCAACAAUUUUAUAGUAAUAUAAAGACUAUGUUUCAUAGUUUAACAUGUAACCCGACAUUGAUGGCUUUAUUAAUUUUCGUUUCCUGUUUACAAAUAAAUCAUACAUUUCAUAUA